AUGGCGGCCAGCCGCUACCGGCGUUUUCUUAAGCUCUGUGAGGAAUGGCCCGUGGACGAGACCAAACGGGGCCGGGACUUGGGCGCUUACCUGCGGCAGCGGGUAGCACAGGCGUUUCGGGAGGGAGAGAACACCCAGGUGGCAGAGCCUGAGGCCUGCGACGAGAUGUACGAGAGCUUAGCUCGGCUUCACUCAAACUAUUACAAGCACAAGUACCCUCGGCCCCGGGACACGAGCUUCAGUGGCCUGACCUUGGAAGAGUACAAGCUGAUCCUCUCCACAGACACGCUGGGGGAGCUGAAGGACAUGAAUAAAGGCUUGUGGAAGAAACUGCGGGAGAAGUUCGCCGCCACGAGUCCCGAGGAGAAGCAGAAGGUCUGGGCCCAGUCCUUAUCUCGCCCGCGGACCUGA